AUGGAGUGUCAGAGGCACCACCCAUGCAAGGAGGGGGAUGGCUGGGUGGAGCAACUUCCUCAGCCUGCCUUGUUUGGCAUGCUCUCUGUUGUAAGUGCACAUGCUGCCACACACUCUGCACUCACCAGCCGGCACAGCACUGCCAUUAUCACAGCACUGCUAUUCUCACAGCACUGCCACUCUCACAGCACUGCCACUCUUACACCAUGCUUCUUCACUCACCUCCCCUCGUGCUUCCCCGUUGCCACCGCCCUGCCACCAUCCCACCGCCACCUGCCACCAUCCCACCGCCCUGCCACCAUCCCACCGCCCUGCCACCAUCCCACCGCCCUGCCACCAUCCCACCGCCACCUGCCACCAUCCCACCGCCACCUGCCACCAUCCCACCGCCCUGCCACCAUCCCACCGCCACCUGCCACCAUCCCACCGCCCUGCCACCAUCCCACCGCCCUGCCACCAUCCCACCGCCCUGCCACCAUCCCACCGCCACCUGCCACAAUGUCACCACCUGACUUCCUCCCCUGUGCCCCCCUGCCGUGCGAGCAGAAGGGCCCACAGCACUUUUACACGUGCACGGACGGGCAGGUCUACCACAUCACUGACUGGGCGCGCUGCCAGGUGGGUUGCGGUGCUGCCAGGUGGGUUGCUCUGCUGCCAGGUGGGUUGCGGUGCUGCCAGGUGGGUUGCUCUGCUGCCAGGUGGGUUGCUCUGCUGCCAGGUGGGUUGCUCUGCUGCCAGGUGGGUUGCUCUGCUGCCAGGUGGGUUGCUCUGCUGCCAGGUGGGUUGCUCUGCUGCCAGGUGGGUUGCUCUGCUGCCAGGUGGGUUGCUCUGCUGCCAGGUGGGUUGCUCUGGUGCCAGUGCCCGCCCAACACGCACAAGCCCUCCUUCCACUUCAAGCUCUCCCCUCACCCGCCCUCGCCGCCUGCAUCCUCCGCCUCGCCCAGGAGCCAGCGCCAGAGGGGCAGAGGGGGCAGGGGCAGCGCCCGGGGCAGGGAAGAGCGCGACGAGGGGUGGGCAGCAGGCAUGGCAGGGGGCAGCAGCGGCGGCGGAGUGCGUGUGGAGCUUAGUGAGGAAGAGAUGGUGACCCUCCUGGCCCGUGCUGUGAGCACUGGCGCCUUGAGCCCCACCCAGCUCUCAGAUGCCCUCAGAACAGCAUCCCAAUGUAGUGACAAGGGCCCACCCCCUCGGCGGAAAGGCAGGCGGCAGAAACCUCACUAA